UUUCGACCAAUAUCCUCCAACGCGGCAACGUCCAGAGAGCCCUGCGAGAGCUAGCGAAUUAUCACCAUAUAGGCCUACAACAGCUUUGGAACAGCAUUCAUUUUGUACAGGAAUAACCUCAUCGUCAAUCAAGUUUAUGUUGGUUGAAAAAGGUCUAAAGUGUGUGUUUUCUUUCAUUCAUAUGGAAUUAUUAUUUUGAACUUGGUUGGAGGUGUUCGUCGGACAUCAAUUCUUUUUCCGCAGGGAGAUUCUCGUUUUUCCAUCAACCUUGUGUAAUUCGAAACUCUUGGCUGAGAAAUUCGCGCCAUGACCUAUUCACGGUGAUAUCUACAAGGGUUUCUUUUGGAGCGUGUGUUGCACAAGUUGAAGGAGAAUCCCAAACCAGCAACACUGGGGAUAGCUACACUCAUCUUUUGCAGAUCCUGCUUGGCAGAAUGAACUGAGGUGGCUCAAAUUAUGACCAGAUCCUAGCUCCAAGUAACCACAAACAAACCCCAACAUGAAAUGCAGCAGUGUCAUUGCUCUAACAGUCAUUCUGGCUAUAUGUAUGUUUGGUGUUGCUGCCAAGAAGAGGAAGAACAAGAAAGAUGGUCAGGCGCCUCGCUGGAAGGGGCGCAAGUCAGAGGAAGACCCUAUGCGCUCUGCUUUUGAAGACAGAACACUCAAGCUGGACUGUGCUGCACGAGGGAGACCCAAGCCUAAAGUAACCUGGCACAAAGAGGGCAUCAAGCUUACAUCUAAUGACCAAAUAACUAUAAAGAAGCAUUCACUUACCUUUGAGAACCUCAGUGUUGCUGACAAGGGAAACUACACAUGUAAAGUGAAGAAUGAUCAUGGCAGUUUGGAGUUUACCUACAUCGUAAAUGUCGAUGUGAAGAUCCGCCUGAUAGUUGAGGGCCCUAUGAACCUGACAGUGCUGGAAGGGGAGACAGUCAAGUUCCGAUGCCGGGUCCUCAAUGACCCUGCUGCCACCAUCAACUGGCUAAAACGCAAUGAGGAGUCGGACUCGACAGAGAUGAACAACAAGAACCCAGAGUUCCUCAAGAAUGUUGGACCCGACCAGGAAGUGCUUGUGUUAACUAAUGUCACACAUAAGGAUACUGGGAAAUAUGUGUGCCUAGCUGGCAACUUGUGGGGCAUCGAGUACAACAGUGCCUGGCUGACUGUUGUCGCUUUAGGGAACAGUCCAUCCAUAUCUUUGGAGCCAACUACAACUACUACCACAACUACAACUACUACAACCCCCAGUACAACAACCACAACUACAACAACUACUACACCAUCUACUACCUCUGUGACCACCACGUUCAGAUCAUUCAUUUGGACGGAUCGUCCAGUUUAUGUAGAGAGAUCAAGAACUACAUAUCCUCCAAUGCUUCCAUGGACAAAGGAACCUCGCUCAACAAGAAAACCCAAAAAUCGUAAAAAUGGUCGACGUCGCAAUAAGGAUAGAAAAAAAAAUAAAAACCGGAACAGAAACAUGGAGACCACAACUACUGAAAUUAUGUAUGCAAUUCCAACACGAGAUAUGGAUAUGGACAACAGCUAUACCUACAAUGGAAACCCGCGUCAGGCCACCGAGCAUGAUCCUGAACUGAGAGCCGAAGACAGCAAUGCAGACAGCAAAGCAGGAAACAAAACAUCAAGAGGGAUGAAUCAGCCCCAGGAUGAAGUCAUCGGACUGUGGACUAUAUACACUAUUGUUGGUGCUAUUGCAGGUAUCAUUCUCCUCUUUGGACUGAUUGCCAUCACAGUGGCCCUGUGCUGUCGCCGGGAUAGCAAUGGGCUUUACAAGUCAACACCAGUGUGAGCCCUGCUGGAGGAAUGAUAUUUUCUGCAAAUUGCUAGAACUUUUACUGAAGGUAAAGUCAGUUGUUUGUGAGAGUGGAACGUAUAGGAGGAACAUUUGUAGGUAUAGGUCACAUCACCUCCACUUGCACGCUCAACAUCAUAACAUUCGUUUAAAUACCGAGUUAACCAUCACUUCAAAAUAUCUUGGAAUUUUUGUGUGUCUAUUUCCUUUUCUAAAUUUCACACUAAUUACGAUCAUGUAGGAUGCUAUAUUCCUGAAUAAUGUUUUGGUCUGUGGAAGGUACGUGGAUACCUGUUAGAGAAAGUGUACAGUGGCUGUAACCCUCGGGUCAAUCAUUGGACAGUGUUACAUUAUGAAGUCAAGUCCUACAUUGUGGACUCAAGGACCACAAGAUGGGUUUAGAGGCCUCUGUAGACAAUGGUCUGGAUACUGCACCAGUGCUGCACCAGCUUCUUGUGCUCGUCAGCUGACAGGUUGUCGUCUAGCAAGAUGCCUUGGAAAACCUGAUGCUUUACAUUCCUUAUCAGGAAAAUGUCAAAACAAGGAAUACAGUUGUGUUGACACUUUUGUGCUGCCUUGUCCUUGAUCUGCUGUACAGAGUGCAGGUGUAGGUCCAAGUGCACUUGUCAACUUGGCUGCACGUUAUGCUUAGUCAAAGGGAGACUAUUCUGUGAGGCUUCAGUGGUAUCACAGUCAUGUAGAACUGAAGAUGGUAGAUAUUCCAGUAAAUAAUUGAUAGUCCUUGUGCUAAUGAUUAUACAUAGAUCAGCCUUUGUUGAUAAAAAAAUUUGAUAUCUUUAUAGAAUGUUUCAGGUCAAGAAAUGAAUCAGUGAAAAACACUGUACUGUGUGUCUGCAGAUGAGCCCUGGGCUGACAAGGGCAAUAACUUUGACAUGUAUGUUUCACACUCUCAUCAGUUUUAUAUGUAGUUUCAUAUUAUAUUGAUGUUAUUUUGUACCGAUUGUAUGUUUUAUGUUGACAUUAGCCUUCAUGUGAUGUAUCUCUGUGUAUAUAUGUUCCUUGCUCUCUGAAGGGGAACAGCAGCACAAUGUCAUUACUCAUCUCCAUGUGACUGUAAUACAUGUAUUGCUAGUGUGGACUCUUAACUCAUUCACUCAACCAAGCCAGCACAAUAGACAAACUUUGACUUUGAAAUCUUUACGGAUCUUCUCAGAACUCAUUUUUAACAUUUAUAUUCUUAAAACUUACUGAAAAUCUACAGAAUCCUAAUGUGAGUUGAACUAUGUUAUGGUAUGUAACUAAAAAAUUAAUUAAUUUAUUUUCAAAUUUGGAAAAUAUUCUUCAAUUCAGGAUAUGUUUGAGAAUAAUCUUCUCAGAAGCCUGAAGGGUCAGAGAGCUUAUUUGUGGAAGUAUAUCUUGCACUACAGUGAGGAUCAGAGUUCAUAAUGGCAUUUCAUUUAAUAGUUGCACCUUUUAGCUCACCUUACAGAAAGUCAAGUGAGCAACUUGUCCAACAUCCAUUAGCAUCAAACAGCUUGAUAGGCAUCUUCCCCUCAGAAACUGCUGGACAAAUGAAGCUGAAAAUUCACAUAUUUGUUCCUAUCAAUCACUUACCAUGCUCUCAUGUUCUCUAAAAAUAAAUUAUUCGCCAAUUCUCCGGAGUUGCUGGACUGAGGAAACUGAACUUUAGCAUGUGAGUUUCUCCUUACAAUGAAACCAUUUAUUUUUCAAGUCAUUAGGAUUAUAGUUUUAUUUCAGUCCUCAGUGUAUAUGCAGAAUAUAUUUGAAUAUCAAUACGGACACAAAGGUUUGUUAAGUGGUUCGCUUUGUUGACAUUUUAAACUGUUGACUAUAUAUUCAGGUGAGCUACAGUGCUGUGGCACUGUUUCUUUUGUUAAGAUUCAGUGAUCAACCUGAGAUGUUGUGUUUCUUGUAGAAACCAUAUCUGCCUAAAUAUUCAGCUAUUGUUGAAAGUGUUGUGAAAAUAAAAUAUCAUUUCUCAGAAACUGAAUAAUCACCAUUUUUAAGAUUUCAAGUUUAUUGUUGCAUGGUAUCAUACCGUCCUCUCAUCGAACAGACCACAUGUUACAUUCAUCUCACUACAGUACGAGGGGUGACUGAAACAUUCUGCACCAAACUGAAGGACCAAUGAUACACAGUUUGCAAGUAUUAUGUGCAUUACUUCCCAUGCUUACAGGCUGAAUUUGAACCAAAUACACAACCAGGCAGCAUGUUUCUGCAGGCAUCAAAGUGACUAGGUAUUCUCUAUUGAUGAAAAUGUACAAUAUUGGCAACUGUGCUGUUUUCAAGUAUCUCCAACUGAAAAGGCUAACUGCAACAGCCAUCCAUGUGGAUAACUUUAUGGCAUAGUGCUCCUUCUUUUGCCUCUGUUAAGAGCUGGGCAGCAUUGUUCAAGAGGGGAAGAGAUACCUCAAUGAUGAUCAAAGUCACAACUGAGGAAAAAGUUGAUAAAAUACCUGAUUCAAUUAUGGAUUAUCAAUGGCUCAUCACAGACCGCAUAUUCAAUACAGCAUCCUCCUUGAGAGGGUUGCAAUUCUGAAGAAUGAACUGAGCGUAACAAAGGUUUCAGCAUGCUAGAUUACAUGGCUUCUGACUUCUGAUUCAAAAGAGGUUCAGGUUCACAGGAACUUAUCUCGACCUGCCAAUAUUUGGCCCUAAGUCUGCAGCAAAUAUCAGUAAAAAAAUCCCAAAUUGGAAUUAUACAUUUCCCAAUUCAAGCAUUUAUAGGAAGAACUAAUGUUAUGGCUUGUGUUAUUGUUGUGACUUGUAUGUCACUGAUAACAGGACCAAUAAGGAGGAAGAGACUUUAAUGCUUAGUUGAACAUUAUUACAGUGAAUUAGAAAUAUGCCUCUGAAUUUAAGAAAAUAACUUUAAAACAAGAAUAUCAUGAAUAUAAUGCUGUAAUGCAUGACUAUUUGAACAUCAUGUGAUCCAGGCACACCAGCACUGUUGGCAUUGGUGGGAGGACUGUGAUGGGAAGGGAUUGUGUUGAAAAAUAAUAGCAACCAACUCCCAUCAAGAUAGUCUACCAUUGUUAGACUAAGAGUGUUUCAGCCUUGCCUCGUAUGUACCUGUUGAGCAUCAAUGCCUUGGUGGAAUUUUUCUGUUCUCUAUCUCUAGACUGUAGAGUAAUUGAAUACAUUUCGAUGUAACUGUGAACUCACUUAAGUCCCUUCACCUGGAAUGCAUAUAUGACCACCAAAAGCUCCGAGCUUGCAAGUAAUAGUGUACAGCUGGAAGUGUUAUAGUGUUAAACAGUGUUUAUGUUUAACAUGAAUUGAGUUUCUUGUAGCACACUGGUAAUGAUUUGAACUUGUUGAGUACCUCGUAUCAAUAUAAGUCUCUUGUCUCUAUUACAAGCCUCAGUGUUGGAGCUGUGUGUGCCCAGAUCGUGACACCCCUCUGGGGGGUCUCAAUACUUUUUGUAAUCUCACACCAGGUUGAAUAUGUUUUCAGCAAAUUAUUGUACAAGGACUCUAUUACUUCAUGCUGAUGCAAUGCGUUGAAUUGAUAUUGUUUUGUUUCACUGAAGUAUUUUCUAGAAUAGUUGUUUUAUUUCUUCUGAUAUCAUCACUUAUUAUUGUUUCAGUAUUUCGUGAGCAUAUUUACACCAAUAUAUGUGACCUCAUUAUGUGCAGUAAUCUGUGCAGUGGAAGACUGAUAUUAUUUUAUGUUUCCCUUAUAUUUCUUUUCAUAUAAGUUUAUUUUCUGCACUUGAACAAGAGCAUUGCCAGUUGGUAUUGCUUAUAGGAAAUGUUUGUGUCUGGUCUGUAGUGUCAAGGGGGCUUUUGUUUUAGCACAUUGUUUGCCAUCUAUUAUUGUGGAUUUUUGUCUAACAGUUAGUUCUGAAAGGGGCUUUAACUUUUUCCAAGAGCAUUACAAGUUUAGUUUUCUUUAUUGAUUAGUUAUUUUAAUUGACAUCAAAUGUUGUGAAUCCAGGCAUGUCGAACUUUGUGGAAAUAAUAAAGUAUAUGUAGUUUAUGAUGUUAAAUUGUUGGCAUAGUUCAUUUUCCAUUUUCUAUGAUAAUAAGGCAAAUAAUUUAUGAGUUAGCAGGGAUGUUGGCACUGUCUAGAGCUGUAGACAGCUUUAAUCUGAUGUUUCAGAUUUAGUUUACCACUGGGCCAUGUCAUUUCUCUUGACACUGGUGUUCAGGUAGAGUAUUUAUUGCUGAAGUCCAGUUAGUUGUUUCAUGUUUAAAUGUAUCAGGUUUUGUAUUUUGUUAUGUGUUUUAUAUCAAUCUUUUUAUUUCCCUAGAGUUACACCAAAGAUAUUUUGUUGCACUUUAUCUUUUGGAAACCUUUUUCUUACAAAUUACAUAGCGUGCAAAUGGUUUUGAAUGGAUUUAUAUGGUCCCAUUCACAAUUGAUCUAUUCCUGUAUUCAUCCUCAACACAAAUGACUUUUAGAAAAUAUAGACAGUUUUUGGGGUAUUUUGUUUGUUUGUUUUUGUUUGCAAGUCCACCAGAAGUACUUAGUAAGCAAUGGAAAGUCCAACUGUAUAGCCACAGACUUGUGGUGCUCUAUUGGAGAGGUAUAGGUACAGAAUCACGGAACAUAUCUCAUAUUCUUUGAUAUUUUUAUUUUGUUUUUUUAUUUAGCAGUCAUCAUGUAUUAGUGGUCUUUGCAUAAUACAUAUCAAAUCUACUUCAUCUUUCAUACAUGUACUAGACAUUAUAACAUAUCCCACAAGUAUCAACAUAUUUGAAUAUCAUUUAGGUUGAGGCAAAGCACAUAUACAAAUGUAGGUGAACAUUUUGAUGUUGUUUUGUCCCUGACUGCUGCUGGGACAGCUGUACCUGCAUCAGUGUACAAGUGGUAGCUCUAACACAUACACAUCCUGUAAUCUAGUGCCAAUACUCUCUAGUUUGUGCUGUCUACCCUGUGUUGUAAUAUGCUAUCAAUCAUGAAUAAAAAGUUUCAUCCUU